AUUCUGGGAUAUCACUGCUAGCACUCGGAUAGGAAACGUGUUUCUUUGGAAUUUUUCAGGUGGAAAUCCGAGGAAGAACUUCUAAACGCUUCAUGCCGAGGGGGGAUUAUUGCAGAGUUAAAUGGGGAAGAUAUUUGCCUGGCCCGCGGGUUUGCCACGAAGCCGCUGGUGAUAAUGGUCUCGACUUCGUUGGAUCCAGUUUCCUUUUCGUCCCAGCGCAGCCGGAGUUGAGCGAACUGGAUGUGUUAGGCCUUCUGGCACCGACCUCUCAGGGGAUCAUCUUCAGGGGUUUACCAUGCCGGAGAUCUGCUUUCUUUCUGCCCUGCUGAAGUGCCAUGGCCUAAACAAAUGAAUAUUUUUAUGUGGCACCUCAGUACAGAGAUGGGCCAGGACCAAACCAAGCAACAGAUAGAGAAAGGACUGAGGUUGUACCAGUCCAAUCAGACUGACAAAGCACUGCAAGUGUGGACAAAAGUGUUGGAGAAAACCUCGGAUCCGGGAGGGAAAUUUCGGGUUUUGGGAUGCUUGAUCACGGCUCACUCGGAAAUGGGAAAAUAUAAAGAUAUGCUCAAGUACGCCUUGGAUCAAAUCGACACGGCCAGAGAAAUGGAGGACCCGGACUACCUGACUGAGGGUUACCUGAACUUGGCGCGCAGCAACGAGAAGCUGUGCGACUUCCACAAAACGGUCUCGUACUGUAAGACCUGCUUAAACAUGCAGGGCACCACGGUCAGCCUGCAGCUCAACGGUCAGGUAUGUCUCAGCAUGGGCAAUGCCUUCCUGGGCCUCAGCCUCUUCCAACAAGCUCUGGAGAGCUACGAGAAGGCCCUGCGCUACGCGCACAACAAUGACGACAAGAUGCUGGAGUGCAGAGUCUGCUGCAGUCUGGGAAACAUUUAUAUCCAUCUGAAGGACUACGAAAAAGCCCUGUUCUUCCCCUGCAAAGCAGCCGAGCUUGUCAAUGACUAUGGCAAAGGUUGGAGCCUCAAGUAUCGAGCUAUGAGUCAGUACCACAUGUCGGUGGCCUAUAGGAAGCUGGAGCGCCUGCCGGACGCCAUGGAAUGCUGCGAGGAAUCUAUGAAAAUUGCUCUGCAGCACGGUGACCGUCCUCUGCAGGCUCUGUGCUUGCUGAACUUUGCAGACAUACACCGCUACAGACGGGACUUUGAUAAAGCAUUCCCGCGUUACGAGUCGGCAUUGGGUAUCAUGACUGAGAUUGGGAAUCGACUUGGACAAGCCCAUGUGCACCUGGCAGUGGCAAAGUGUUGGCUUCUGAUGAAGGAAUAUGUUAAGGCUCUGGAUUCCUUAGAGCGAGCACAGGCCCUGGCAGAUGGAAUGGGAAACAAGCUGUGCACACUGAAGGCCCAUUGCCUGAGGGAGGGCAUCUACAGGAGUCAGGGCAGACAGGAGGAGCUGCGAGAGCAGGUGGUGAAGUUCCUGCAGUACGUGGAGGAGCUGGAGCUCUACUGCGGCAUGUGCGGGGAGUCCAUCGGGGACAGGGACCAAAAGCUGCAGGCCUUACCCUGUUCCCACAUUUUCCACCUCAAGUGUUUGCAGACUAACGGGACAAAAGGUUGUCCCAAGUGUUUGAAGAACUCCAUGAAGCCAGGGUUCGUGUGAAUCGGCCACCAUGUUUACGCGGGCGGGAUCUCUAAACACAGUGCAUUAAUGCCUCACAUGCUGCUGACUGGUCUUAGUGAAGCAGGCAGCCUCGGGGAAGCGAUGAUCUUUGACGUGGGUCAAACUCAUGUUUCUCUGCUGAGGGAUGCUGAACGGAAGCGGGCCUCCCAUUCUGAGGACUCUGUCAAUCAUCUUUUCUGACAUCAGUUUGGAAUUGACUGAAGAGGACAAUGGAGGUCAAACUGCCACUUGCCACAUUUCAAUACAGGCUGGAGUAUUUGGCCUUUGGUUGCAGAGUGUGAGGAAGUAGCGAAGAAUGUGGACUGUAAACAGCACAUUUAUAACUGAACUCAUGCUAUUCUUUGCAUUGGUAGUGUACAAGGAUGAGAGGAUUUCUUGCUGUUAUUUACACUUCUUUAUGCAUAUUGUUUUUUCAGUCACUUCUGAAUUCAACUCAUGAUAUUUUAUUCUUGUACAUACCGUAAUGUAAAGGUUUUGAGUUCCAGGAGGGGUUUUGCAAAAACUUAACGACUCAUGUCUUCACAAAAUGUAUAUGCAGCUGUUUUCUCCUUAUUCGCUGAGAUUAAGGAACCGGAUCAAUGCACAUUGUGUUCUUCAUAGAAAUUCCUUUUUCUGUCCACAUCUGACAUCCGUAGUGAAGGGCAGAUUGCUGAACAGGAAAUCUGGUGGUUGCUAUAAUGUAGUCUAUUGUAAAUAGGGAAUAAUUGGUCAUUUGAAAAAAAGAGGUAAACGUUGGUGAGCUUUAGUAGAAUUGAGAACUCUGCAUGUUUUAUUGACUAUAGAAUGCCAAGCAACUACACAGAAUAAUUCAAAUCUAGUCGUGUAUUCACUUGAGCAUACAGUAUAAUCAUACUAUUUAGCAAAAAAAACAUGUUAUAUUUUUUGCAAAACAGAAACACCUCUGUACAAUGGAUAAUGCAAAUUACAACCACAAUAAUCAACAGGGUUAAAUAAAUACCUCCUGCACUGUCAAAACUGAGCAUUAUUAUCUUUGUAAAGGCAGAAUAUUUGAUACACUGAGCUCUAUUAACUCUGACAUUUAAAAGUGUAGCAUGAUCACAUUUCACGGUGAAUAAAAAUAAUAAUUUGCUGAAGUAAUUCUCACUUUUGAGUAUCGCAGAAAAAACCCAAACAGAUGAGUUCUCUUCAGCACAAACAAUGGAGGUUUUUGCUUCAGAGUAUACGUGACUCCACUGCUGACAUUGUAAGAAUUAUCUUCCUCAACUCUGACUUCUGUUAAACAUGGUUCACACAUCCACAAUAAAUGAUGGAUUUUGGUGUCCGACAGCUUGCAGGAUGGGAGUUACCAGUUGAGCUGGCAUGUUCGUCCCAAAAAAAAAAAAAAAAAAAAAAAAAAAAAAAACAA